AUGAACAAAGACUCUCAUACUUUCGACUUGAAGGCCUUGACGUCGAGGCCGUCGAUCUUGAGAUCAAACUCGGCUUACCUCAGUGGAACCAUCUCCAACUCCCGUAUAGUCAAUGUCGAUGAGAAGGGCAACAUUGUUUCAGAGAACAACUCCAUCAUCUCCAUUGAGGAGAACGAAUUGAAGAAGGGUUUGAGAAAUAGACAUGUUCAGUUGAUCGCCUUGGGUGGUGCCAUUGGUACCGGCCUUUUUGUGGGCUCUGGUCUUGUGUUGCAUGAUGUCGGGCCUUGUUCUCUUUGGCUCUCUUAUAUUGUCUUGUCCACUAUUGUGUGGUUUGUCAUGAACAUGUUGGCGGAGAUGGCUGCUUUUCUACCCGUGCCUGGUGCCGGGUCCCAGCAAUUCAUCAAUGACUACACCGACCCUUCUAUCGGAUUUGCUCUUGGUUACAACUAUUGGUAUGGUUUCGCCAUUUUGGUGGCUGCUGAAGUGGUUGCUGCUGCUCUUGUGAUCCAGUACUGGACAACGUCUGUGCACAUCGCUGUGUGGAUAUCUAUUUUAUUAGGUGCGAUGUUGAUAUUGAAUCUCAUGCCCGUCCAGUUUUAUGGUGAAGCAGAAUUCAUUUUUGCAGGGAUUAAGUUACUUGCAAUCACUGGGUUGAUUAUUUUGGGCGUAGUGUUAUUCUUCGGUGGUGGUCCAAAUCACGACAGGCUCGGUUUCCGCUACUGGAAGAAUGGCAACGCAUUGCACCCUCAUUUGACUGGCGGCGAUACCGGACGUUUCUUGGGCUUCUGGACAGCUGUUAUCAAAGCUGGUUACUCUUUCAUCAUGAGUCCUGAGUUAAUUGUCGCUUGCUCUGGUGAAGUCACUAACCCUCGUCGUAUUUUGCCUAAAUGUGCUAACCAGUUCAUUUACCGUUUGGCCUUCUUUUACAUUUUGGGCUCCUUGGUCAUUGGUAUCAUUGCUGAUUCCAACAGUCCUCGUUUGGUUGGCGACUCCUCAGAUGCAUCGGCAUCUCCAUUUGUCCUUGGUAUUCAGAACGCAGGUAUUCCUGUGUUAAAUCAUAUCAUCAACGCUGUUGUGUUGAUCUCAGCAGCCUCCGCUGGUAACUCUUUUUUCUACGCUGGAUCAAGAACAUUGUACUCCCUUGCCUUGAAGGGUUUGGCUCCAAAGGUUUUCACCACCGUCAACAGAUUUGGUAUACCAAUUUAUUGCGUGUUGAUCACAUUUUGCGUCGGAUGCUUGUCUUACUUGAACGUUUCGAGCUCUUCGGCUCAGGUUUUCACCUGGUUUUCCAACAUCACGACGAUUUCUGGUUUCAUCUCCUGGAUUUUCGUUGCCUUUGCUUACACCAGAUGGAGAAAGGCUAUCGUUGUACAGGGUCUUGAAGACAGAGUACCUUACAGAACAAUGUUACAGCCCUAUGGUGCUUACUACAUCAUGUUCAUUGUUGGUUUGAUAACCUUAACCAACGGAUACGCUGUCUUCUUCGAUUUCAAUAUCGGUGACUUCCUCGCCGCCUACAUCACCUUGCCUAUUGUGCUCGCUCUCUAUGUGGUGCACAGAAUCUAUUCAUACUUCUGGGUUGGCCGCAAGAGAUGGCUUAAUCCCUUGGAAUCGUUUGAUUUCAGCAAAUUGGAAUUGGUUGAGGAGGAGCAGAGGAAUACGCCACAGCCUAUUCCCAAGAAUGCUUGGGAAAAAUUCCUCAAUGUCAUCUUUUGA